AUUCAGUUGAGCCAGUAAGUAAGGAAAUGCGGUCCAAAAGAGGAACUGAAACUUAACGGUCAUUUUAAAAACGGAGGAGAAAGAAUCCCGAGGAAAGAAGGAAUUAAAUUAAAUGUAAAAAACGGAGUAAACAGUCUGUUGUGGAGUGGAACUGAGGUCUGCCAAUUUGGGUCAGAACCCACUUGUGAAUCUGAUCUGGUGUGUUCAGGUGUCCUGAGACAGGGGGCGCUGUUUCUAAAAUGAGUUCCUCAGAGGAGACCGAGACUGACGAUGGAACCCACGGCCCUGCGAGAAAGAGGGUCCGGGUAGAGAGGGCAGGGUCACCUGUACCCAGCUGUCUGUCUAUGAAGAGUGAUCAUUCAAUGCCUCAUUCAAUCAACUUCAGAGGAGAGUUCACAGGUGAUCAAAGGAUCCACUGCUCACAGGUGUCCAACCAUAUUGUAGAGAGGAGUUCAGAGAAACUGUUCUCAAAACAGCUGACCAGCAGCCUUGUGAAGCAGAAGGAUCUCACUGACUCACUGGAGAGAGAUGAGCCGCACAAUACAUCCAUAGAAAGAGCCCAGAAGGUGCUGAAAACUGCUCUGAAGAAGAAGUUUGAACACAUAUUUGAAGGUUUAGCAAAGCAGGGCAACCCAACCCUCCUCAAUGAGAUCUAUACAGAGCUCUACAUCACAGAGGGGGGAAGUGGGGGGAUCAAUGAUGAACACGAGGUCAGACAGAUUGAGGCAGCAUCCAAGAGACGCACCACACAGGAGACUGCAAUCCUCUGCAAUGACAUCUUUAAGCCUUUACCUGGACAAGAGAAACCCAUCAGAACUGUGCUUACAAAGGGCAUCGCUGGUAUUGGGAAAACCAUCUCUGUGCAAAAGUUCAUUCUGGACUGGGCAGAAGGAAAAGCCAAUCAGGACAUUGAUUUCAUCUUCACUCUUCCUUUCCGAGAUCUGAAUCUGAAAAAGGAGAGAGAAUUCAGUCUGAUGCAACUUCUGCAGCACUACUUUCCGCAACUGAAAGAGAUCAAGAGUAUUGAAGGCGAUAAAGUGAAAAUUGUGUUUAUCUUUGAUGGUCUGGAUGAGUGUCGACUUCCUCUAGAUUUCCAAAGCAAUAAGAUCUGCUGUGAUAUAACAGAGUCAUCAUCAGUGGAUGUGCUGCUGACCAACCUCAUUCUGGGCAAUCUGCUUCCCUCUGCUCUUCUCUGGAUCACCUCCCGACCAGCAGCAGCCAAUCAGGUCCCUCCUGAGUGCGUCCACCAGGUGACAGAGGUACGAGGGUUCAAUGACCCAGAGAAGGAGGAAUACUUUAGGAAGAGAAUCAGAGAUAAGAAAAAGGCUAGCAGAAUUAUCUCACACGUAAAGUCAUCCAGGAGUCUGCACAUCAUGUGUCACAUACCAGUCUUCUGCUGGAUUUCUGCCACUGUGCUGGAGACAAUGUUGGGUAAAGUAGGCAAUAGAAAAAUGCCCAAAACUCUGACUGAAAUGUACACACACUUUCUGUUCAUUCAGACUAAUGUGAAGAAUGAGAAGUAUCAUGGCACCAAUGAGACAACCCCAAAGAAAAUGUCAGCAUCAAAUACAGAAAUCAUCCUGAAACUGGGGAAGCUGGCUUUACUACAGCUGGAAAGGGGCAAUCUGAUAUUCUAUGAAGAGGACCUGAGAGAGAGUGGCAUUGAUGUCAGUGAAGCUUCAGUGUACUCUGGGGUGUGCACAGAAAUCUUUAAAGAGGAGUGUGGAUUGGAUCAGGAGAAGGUCUACUGCUUUGUGCAUCUGAGCAUUCAGGAGUAUCUGGCUGCCUUGUUUGUGUUUCAUUCAUGUGUGAAUGAGGACAGAAAUGUACUCAGAGCAGAAGAGUCAACACCUUGCAGAUACAGAGUGCAGCUGUCUGAGUUACACACGACUGCAGUGGAUCAGGCCUUAGCGAGUAAGAAUGGACACCUGGACCUUUUCCUCCGAUUCCUUCUAGGCCUCUCUCUGGACUCCAUUCAGACUCUCUUAGGAACACUGCUGAUGCAAACAGGAGGCAGAUCACCUGUACCAGACCCUCAGACACAGACAGGAAGCAGAUCAUCUGUACCCGACCCACAGACAGGAAGCAGAUCACCAGUGCCAGACUCACAGACAGAGAGCAGUUCAAAGAGCAUCAGGAAAACAGUCCAGUACAUUAGGAAGAAGAUCAAAGAAGAAUCUUCAGCCGAAAGGACCAUCAAUCUGUUCCACUGUCUCAAUGAACUGAAUAAAAACACUCCAGUGGCAGAAAUAAAGAAGUUCCAGAGAUCAGGAAAACUCUCUAAUGAAAAGCUGGAACCACACCAAUGUUCAGCCCUGGCCUUUAUGUUACUGAUGUCAGAGGAGGUCCUGGAUGAGUUUGACUUGAAGACCUACAACACAUCAGCAGCAGGUCAUCAGAGACUGCUACCAGUACUCAGGAACUGCAGGAAGGCCAUGUGAGUAUUAUGUAAUUAU